AUGACGCAACCAGGAGACGCCCAGGCCUUCCUCUCUUCCCUUGAGCCUCUCGAAUGUGCCAUAUGCCUCGAAGGAUAUGACACUAGUCAUCCUCCCAUAAUGCUCGGAUGCCGCCAUAUCUUCGGCGAAAAUUGCCUCAGAGAUUGGGUAGAGGCGGGCACAAGCACGUGUCCUAACUGCCGCGCGCCUUUGUUUGGAGAAGAGAGUGCAGCUCCACCGAGCGAACAGGUCCAGCUUCCACCAGUCGAAUUACCUACAGACGUUGUGCGAGAAGAGCCUGUAGUUCCAACAAGCCAAGAGAUCCCACAGCUACCAAUGGAAGUACUGGCAGACUUCAUUCGAGAGGCCAGCAUGGUUCGAUGGAGCCAAGAACCCCAGCAGCGACGAGUCCAAGUAUCCACAGACGUUAUGCACGUAAUAGCACGUCAAUCCGCUUGGGACGUGCUAACUGGGGUAAUGCUAGGUCUACUUCGACGGAAUGGUGCAGAUGACCCGUCCAACGUUGCUCGUCCUCGAAAGCGCCUGCAACGGAACGCAGAACUUCAUCCACAGGCUCAAGAGACGCGUAGGAUUGAUGAUGAAGCACCUCGAGCGGGAAACAACAGAGGCGACACUCACCUGGUCACCCACGAGCCAAUCGACCGUACUUGUAUGCCAUGGUUGAACGACAGACAUGACCGCCAGCCAUCCCGUAGCCGCUGGCAAGCGCUGCGAGACCGAGCUACACCUUCUCGUAUCCGUCGAAAACGCCAAGAGGAUCAAGAUAGAGAAUAUGCAGAACGCCUCCAGCGUACAUACUAUGAACAAGAUGGCGCGUAUGAGACAUACGAUAACUUGGAAGAAGUACCCCCGCCUACUUACUCUAUACGUGGCGGUGUACCUAGGACCCGCGAGCCACCAUCCGAUGCCUACAUCCCUCAGCGGUUUAGAAACGCAGGGCUUAAUGGCUUGUAUGAUUCUAUCUAUAAGUUCUACUAG